AUGCCAAUCGCUAGGUUCCCAAAUUGUGAUAAACCUUUUUUAUUCUUCUCAGGUUGUUCUUUUUUGGUAAAUUUGUUCUUAUACCCGCUUCCUCACUGUCUUCCUUCUGAUUCAUUUCCUUUAUCACUAGCUGCUGCUUCAACCAGCUUUUUCCAACGGCCACUUCAUUCUACCUCUGGCUCUUCUGCGAAUCACUCAACUGCAGGAGUCCCCUCUGGUCCUCCUCAUCCGUAUAUGCUUCCGCUCCCACUCCACCAUUCCCACCAAUUCCCAACUCACCAUGGAUAUCCUUCAAGACCAGUGAUUGAUGGACCUGGUCGUCCAAUGGGUUUGGAUCGUCGAGAGCCUGGUUAG